GAAGAAUCAUGUACGUCUCAAUCUGUUAAGAAGUCGCAUAUCGAGCAUUGGCAGGACUAGCCGGCUUGGACUGGAUAUCAAAACACAAUCGUCUCUGUUUCUAUCUUCCCUAGUACGAAUUCCAAGCAUUUCUCUCUUUGAAACGGCGCCAUGGCAGCUUCAGAACAGAAACAAGAUGACUUCCCCUGCAAACUAGCCAUCGACAUACCCUUCCCAACCGCAUCCCUCGCCUCCACCGCCCUCCGCGCCCUCUCUGUCGACAAAGAGCUCUCCCCACUAGUCCGCCGCACCUUUGCUUCAAAUGAUAACGUUCUUCGUGUCAACUACGAGGCCAGCACAAAUAGAAUGCUCAGAGUUGCGGUCAACGGCUUCUUCGAGAGUGUGGGAGUUGUCGUUAACGUGAUGAAGGAUCUGGAUGUUGAUGUGUACGAUUCGCCUGUCACCGAGCCAUUGGAUGGGGUGCAGGGACUGGUCAAGGGAUGAAGAGACGACAGAAGAUAUGCUUGGAAGAAAAAAAAAUUGAGGAUUGCUGAGAUAUUGUGGGACGCGAGGCCGCUUGGUCUUUCCCAAAACCCAAGAUGUUGGAACCAGACGCGCAUGUGCGCACGGAGGCCUCCCGUGUCGGGCCAACAGGUAUGGAAGUUGCAUUUUAGACACGUUGAAGGCGGUGCUGAAGGCAUAUGAUACUACGAAACCGAGGCAUGUUUGGAGAUGCAGGACAAUGGUGAAGAUUGGAGCAAAGUCCAAGAGAUAUCAGAUCAAGCGAUUUGAUCGCUACAAGGAUUUGAAUAGGGUAUCUUCGACACAAUAGACAAAACGACGCUUCGUCGAGCGUUCAGUACAGAACCCAACGCCACCAGUAUUACAUGAAGUUCUAUAUCGACCUAGUUCAGUGCCCCC